UGUUGUUUAAUGAAAAUACGUUGCAUUAUUAUGGUGUGUUGGUGGUAGAAUUAGCGUUAACCAGGGCCGCGACGAGGACGCUUCUAUCAUGUAUUAAUUAUUGGCAUUGUUAUUGUAAAUUUUAUGGUAUGGAUUUAAAAACAAAAACAGUGGAGCUGAAUGGAAAGGAGGUAAUACUACAAAUAUGGGAUACUGCAGGUCAGGAGAGAUUCCAUAUAAAUAUUACUUCCUGUUUCAGAGAUACAGCAGGGAUCAUAAUGGUGUAUGACAUGACAGACGAGAAGUCAUUUGAGUACCUUAAUAGUAGCAAUUGUGUACACAACGUUCAGGAAAACACAAGUGAAGAUGUUCAAAAGGUGUUGCUUGCAAACAAAUGUGACCUGGACGACAAACAGAUGGUGUGCAAGGAGAAGGGGGAAUCGUUUGCACAAGAAAAUGGCAUGAAGUUUUUUGAGACAAGUGCAAAGACAAACAUCAAUGUAGAUACUGCUAUCUUGACAUUAUUAGAAGACAUUUUCGAAAAGAUGCCACGUAAAAAAGCUACAAAACCGAACCCAAGUGUUCAAGCAGCUGAACCGGAAUCCGUAGCUGUGACGACACUAGCAAAACCAGUUCCAACCAACUCCGACACUGACCUGUUACGGCGGGAAAUACAAGCAUUGGCGAGUGAGACUAAAGGCAAGCUGGACGAAGUGCUAAAAAAUCAGAGGUGUUUACUUACCAGAAUGGAUAAAAUUGAAGCCAAACAGAUGGAUAUGGAACGGUCAGUCAUGUUUUUAUCAGAUACUAUUGAUGAUCUGCUAAAGAAAAAUAAAGUUCUUACUAGUGAGUAGUAACAUCAACGAGCUAGA